CACUUGCGCGUGGUGGACGUCUCGCAGCGACUCUCCAUCCCCCACUGACCUCGCAGUAUCUCGUUCCGGAAUCGGCGUAUAUAUAGCUCCACCCGUACACGUAGUCAGAGUCAAGAUGUUGCGGCUGAGUCUGGUGGCCGUGCUGCUAGUUGUAGCUGGUGUCAAUGGCCAGGGAAAGGAGAAGGAGGAGUUCCAGUGCCCCUCACACAUUGCCAACGGCAACUACGCCGAUCCGGCGACAUGUCGUCGUUUCUACCAGUGCGUCGAUGGAUUUCCGUACUUGAACCGUUGUCCAUCCGGACUCUUUUUCGAUGACGUGCAGAAGUACUGCACAUUCAAGGAUGAGGCCAAGUGCGGUCCCCUACCAACAACGCCCGCCCCUGCCACGGAGGCCCCGGCCGACACCGCCCAGCGGUGCAACACGGAGGACUGCGCCCUGCCCUACUGCUUCUGCUCCAAGGACGGCACCCAGAUUCCCGGCGACCUGGAGGCUGAAAAGAUCCCGCAAAUCAUCAUGCUCACCUUCGAUGGGGCGGUGAACCUGAAUAACUACCAGCACUACCAGAAGAUUUUCGACGGCAAGCGCAAGAAUCCCAACGGCUGCCUGAUCCGGGGCACCUUCUUCUUGUCCCACGAGUACAGCAACUACCAGCAGAUCCAGCACCUGGGAUACUACGGCCACGAAAUCGGCACGGAGAGCAUCUCGCAGCAGCAGGGGCUGCAGGAUAAGGGCUACGAGGAGUGGGUGGGCGAGAUGAUUGGCAUGCGGGAGAUCCUGCGGCACUUCGCCAAUGUGUCCGUCCCUGAAGUGGUCGGCAUGCGAGCCCCCUUCCUCAAGCCUGGCCGCAACACCCAGUACAAGGUUCUGGAGGACUUCGGGUACAUCUACGACAGUUCGAUCACCGUUCCGCCGGUGGCAGUGCCAGUGUGGCCGUACACCCUCGACUACAAGAUCUCCCACGAGUGCAAGAGCGGCACAUGUCCGUCGCGCACCUUCCCCGGCGUCUGGGAGGUGCCCCUCAACACCCACUACGUGGAAGGAUACGAGGGAGGCCACUGUCCCUACCUGGACCAGUGCGUCCUGCACAACCUCGACGAGGAGGAGGUGCUCCAGUGGCUGCAGGAGGACUUCUCGCGCUACUACGAACAGAACAAGGCGCCCUACAUGAUGCCCUUCCACACCAACUGGUUCCAGACCAAGCCGCUGGAGAACGGUCUGCACAAGUUCAUCGACUGGGCCCUCGAACUGCCUGACGUCUACAUCCUGACCGUCACCCAGAUGCUUCAGUACAUGACGGAUCCCAAGGAGCUGCGCGACAUUAACCAAAUCGAGGCGUGGAAGUGCGACAAAAGCGUGUCGGUGGCCCCGAAACCCUGCAACAUCUGGCAAACGUGUGCGCUACCCUUCAAGAUCCCCGAACAAAAUCUGACGGAUACGCGCUAUAUGGAGACCUGCCGGGAAUGCCCCAAUGUCUAUCCCUGGCUGGGCGAUGCAGGCGGCACGGGUAUCGCUGGUCGGGAUAACUAUAUCGAUCACCGUGCUGGUGACGCCAAUGCGGAAACAGAAGAAUGAAUCUAACUAAAAAGGCCUUUCCAUCUACUCCCUAUUCCUCUUUAUUGCUCAUAUUAUACCAGUUACUCGUAAAGUAAAAGGGUAUCUAUAUAAAAUUGAGAAAAUUAUGUACAGCACCAAUCGGUUGAGCAAAACAAGCAUCAUACUUAGCAAUACUAUUAAAGACAAAUGGACUCUCUGCUCUAUAAAAAAGAAAAGUAAAUACAAGCAAUUUCUGGUGUCAGAUCAGGCGCGGUAAUACAAGGCCCCUUUACGCCAGCAUUUUUUAAACAAUUCAUCAGUAAUCUCGGACUAAUAAUGAAAAUUAUACUUAGGGAAAUUGGAAACUAAAUUUCAUCACAAAAUUGCAUGAUCAAUUCAUCAGAGAAUUAGUGUAUGACCCAAUUUUAUGAUCAAUCUAUUCCCCCCUCAAAUGCUCACAAUUUCCACUCGAUGUUAGCGCUUUGCCAAAAUUUGUACUAAAAAAAUGGUACAUCCCCACUUUGAAAAUGCAAGUACUGAGAACGACAGGACUUUUUCUGCGCACCCAGUGACUUACCUAAAAAAUUUGACACGUCAGCUGAAACGCCCACUAUUCUCCGUUUCUGUGGUGACGACAAUUUAUAGGUUUUAAUUGAUAUUUAAAAUGUAAUGCAUUUAUAUUUGCGGCGCUCACACCAUUAGUGUUUUCCGAGCUAAUGGAAUAUACACAAGCGUACUUAUUUUGAAAUUGGUUAACGAAGUAACAGGUAUUAGAUAGUCGAGGCACUCAUCUAUUUUUGUAUGCCUUUUUAAAUUUUUUUUUUCUACUCAUGAAUUUUCGUCAUUUGAUGCAAUAAUGAGCUUCGCCUUUAUAUAGAACUCUCCAUCGCUUUCCCUUUACCAUUUAUUUUUCUCAGUUUUUUCUCUAGUAGUUCUUAAGCGAAAUUGUGUCAAAUUUUUCUUAGUUUUUAAGUGACAAAAAAACGCAUAUUGUUUUGAAUAAAUUGAUUAUUUUUGUAAA